AUGCGUGGAGUCCGCUGGGAUGGCGCCCAAGUUCGACAGGUCGCCGCCAGUGGAGAGAGCAUGUAUGACGACGCCUUCACUAUUCACAUGGUGGAAAUGGAAAAUGAGGACGAGUUUAAUUUUGUAGCGGGAAUGGUACCCUACCUGCUCAACCUCAUCAAAGACGUAAUAAAAGAUUUUAUUUUCUUUCUUUCUUUCUUUCUUUCUUUCUUUCUUUCUUUCCACUUAUUCUUCUUUCUUUCUUUCUUUCUUGCCACUUAUUCUUCUUUCUUUCUUUCUUUCUUUCUUUCUUUCUUUCUUUCUUUCUUGCCACUUAUUCUUCUUUCUUUCUUUCUUUCUUUCUUUCUUGCCACUUAUUCUUCUUUCUUUCUUUCUUUCUUGCCACUUAUUCUUCUUUCUUUCUUUCUUUCUUUCUUUCUUGCCACUUAUUCUUCUUUCUUUCUUUCUUUCUUUCUUGCCACUUAUUCUUCUUUCUUUCUUUCUUUCUUUCUUGCCACUUAUUCUUCUUUCUUUCUUUCUUUAAGUUUUUCUUUUUUCUUUCUUUCUGAAUAUUUUUUCUUUCUGAAAGAGAAACGACGGGCAUCUUCUGAAUUCCAAAAAAACCCAUGCCGUAUUAACAGCAAUGGAAGAACUACGAUUGUUUAUGUUAGUGGCAGGAACCACAGACAAGAAUCGACAGAAACUAAUGCGGAAUCUCAGGGUAAGUUCAAAGCUCUACGGUAG